AAAAGAAAAAAGAAAAGAAAAGGAAAAACAGAAGCCUCUUCCAUCUUCUCUCCUCCUCCAUCUCCUUCCCCUUCUCCUUGUUGUCUCUCUGAUUUUCUAUCUCUGUCUCUCUACAUCUGUCUAGUUCAAUUUGUCGUCUCACGAAUUAUCAUGUUCUAUCAGAUUAGCGUACGUUAGCUAACGUACGCCCGUCUCAAUUUCAUCUCAAGCCAUGUACGGUAGUUCAGGAAAACUUGGUGGUAGAGGCAGAGGUAGUGGUGGUGGCGGUAGUGGAGGUCGUGGUGGUGGUAAAAGAAACCGUUCUCCUUUUCCUCCACCACCUUCUAAUCGCCCAAUCGUUCCUAUAUCUACAACAACUUCCAAUCGUCUCUCAACUGGUGGUGGUGCCUCAUCUUCUGUUCGAAACCGCCAUGAAAGUGCAAAAGUUCCAUCCUCUCCUGACGAGAGUUAUAGUCUUGUCAGUGAUGACCCACUUUCUUAUGCUAUGAUUAUUCGUCUUGCUCCUGAUCUUGUUGAAGGGAUCAGACGUGUUGAAGCUCAAGGUGAAACUGCUCGGAUCAAAUUUGAUUCUAAUGCUAAUAAUUCCUUCGGAAACGUUAUUGAUGUAGGCGGCAAGGACUUCAGAUUUACAUGGUCUCAGGAAGUGGGUGAUCUUUGUGAUAUAUAUGAAGAACGCCGAAGUAGUGACGAUGGAAAAGGUUUGCUUAUUGAAUCUGGAUGCCCAUGGAGAAAGCUAAGUGUCCAACGCAUCUUGGAUGAAUCUACAAAGAACCAUGUGAAAAUGCGGUCAGAGGAAGCUGAACAGAGAAGCAAAUCUAGAAAAGCUAUUGUCCUUGACCACGGGAAUCCAUCUAUGAAGAAUCAAUUGAAAUCAAUAGCUGCAGCUGCAGUUGAUAGUAAUCCGCGGAAAAUGGGUGUGAAGUCAAAGAAAGAACCUGCUCCUAAGAAGAGGAAAGUGGAACCACUAUCUCAAGGUCCCCCUAAAUCUGUUUUCAAGGCAGGGUUAUCUUCUUCAGCAACUCCUCCUAAGGGUAGGCUGCCAUUUCCAUCUCCUGAGCAACCUGUUGCUUCAACAUCUCCCUUUGGUGGUGGGAGUCUUUCAAAGGCUUCAGCAGCUAUAGAAGUUCCCUGUGCAUCAAGUAAAGAGAAUGCAGUCACUGAGAAGGUGACUCCUAGCAGGACUGUUCAUGCAGUUGGACGUGAAGCAUCUAGAAUUAAGAAGGGCUUAGAAGCCACACCCAAGGAUUUGCAGAGUAUGUUGAUUAAAAUACUCCUAGAAAAUCCAAAAGGGAUGACGAUCAAGGGACUCGAGAAAGAAUUAGGCGACUCAGUUCCCAACUGCUGGAAAAAGCUAGAACCGAUUUUGAAAAAGAUUGCAAUUUAUGAAGCUCCAAGAUACUUGCUGAAAACAGGAGUUGAUUUAGAUGUGGAAAGCUUCAAGAAACUAUCAUCUGGAAGUGGAAGUUCAGCUGAGAUCGCCCAUGAUCAAACACAUCGUCAAGGUGCGGUAGAAAAAGCUACACCCAAAGCAUCUGAACAUCAGAAACAACUUGAAUCUGAAGUAGAAGAAUCAAAUAUAGCCGAAAAUGUUGCAAUCCAACAAAAUUCUCCUAAGACAUUUGGUGACAAGAAAACAUCGGAUCAUAGUGAUGGGCAUGCUAGUUCUAGUGAAAGCGAUAGUGACAGUGAUAGUGACAGUGAUAGUAGUGAUAGUGGAAGCAGUGGAAGCCAGAGUAAAAGCCGAAGCAAAAGUAGAAGCCCGGCUGGAAGUGGGAGUAGUAGUGACAGCGAAAGUGAUGGCUCUUCAAGCAGCAAAGAAGGUUCUGAUGUUGAUGUGGAUAUUAUGACAGGCGACGAUGACCGAGAAGAACCUGGGAGUAACUUACCGGCCCAUAUCACGACCGCACCUAUGCCUUGGAGAACUCCUGAUGAUGGACUUGUGCGCAACGGGAUUAGUAAAGAUAAACAAGAUGCUCGAAUGUCUGAUAUAGUUGACAUUGUUGGAGGCUUACCUAAUGAUGAUAUAGAAAUUGAUAUUCUUGGUGAUGAUGAUACAGUUCCCCUUGAAACAAACACGAGAUCGCUGGAGGAAAACGUUAUGCCUGGUCUUAGUCAGCCAGGAGAUGGCCGACAGAGGUCCUUUGUCAGAAAUGGCGGUAAUGAAAAUCAGAAUAUGACUAGUUAUUUUGACCUUGACAGUUCUAAUAGAAAUGCGAAAGCCAAAUCCAGAAAGGGUUCGGAGCCAAACUACUCCUGUGAGAAGUCUGAGAGUGCUAAAAGGAUGAAACCAGGAGGCUUGAAUCCACCACAGACAUCUGGGAGAAGUAAGGACUCUUUUGCAUCAGAGGAUCCACAACACAUAAGUCUUAAUAGGCCUGACCACGAUAGUUAUAAUGUGCAUCUAUCAAACAAAGUUGGCAGGGAUGGAAUUUCAGAUACAAGCUCACGAAAAGGAUAUAACCUAUCAAUGGCUGGGAUAUCUGUUUCAGAUGCUCAACGUUUAGGUCAAAGAUCUGGAGAUCUUAAUGCGCGAGGAAAGGCGUUGGACAUGGCCAACAGAUACACUGAUAACUUAGCCCGUGGUGUCGAAUCUGAAAGAAGUCCUAGUCUUCCACAUGACAAGUUCUCCAUGAGCAGAGACAAACAUAGUGAAGAUGCUUAUGGUAAUGAGAAGUCAGUUGGUAAUAAUGUAAGGGAAUGUGAUGUUGGAGAUUCAUAUAUGGGGUCUUUACCGAAGGAUAUUACCAAAACUGAUCCAGAAAAAUCUCCAAUCGCCAAUCGGAAAGGCAAAGUACUGAGAAGGGAGGUUUCAGAGUUGGAGUUGGGUGAACUUCCUGCAGAAGAAACUCAGGGGGUAAAGAAGCAGUUUGGUAGAAACAACUCUUUUAGGAAUUCAAAGAAUAAAUCUGUUGUUCCAGAUAACUUGGACUUAAAUGGAAGAACAUCAGCGAAAACGAUCCAAGAGUCAAGAAAACUGUCUCCACCAAACUCAAGAGUUGGAAUUGGCGGUACCCAAGAGAGCUCGUUUAGGAAGAGGACACCAGAAGAUGAAAAUGAAGAUUCAUGGAUGAGGCAACAACAAAGGGUUGGGCAGUAUCAGGCUCCGCAGAUGCCGAGGACGGACCUCACUGACUCUGAAGCUGGGUCCCAGUUGAAUAAGUUGUCAGACAUGGGUGGUAAGUCGAGAAAGAAUGGUUACUUGGGCACCAAUAAAAAGGGACUUGUCUCUCUACCACAACAACCAGAGACCAAAAGUUCAGGACAAGUGGCUGUUCCUAACAAUGUAAAGGAGUCAAAACUCUCAAAAUCUAGUACCAUGCCAGAACCAAACGAGAGGAGGGAUAGCUUCGUGAUGGGGAGCCAUAAUAGCAGCCGGAAAAGGAGGGAAUCUUCUUCUGACGAAGUUAACUGUCCUUAUUCCAAAUAUGAAAAGGAUGAGCCGGAACUUAGAGGACCGAUAAAGGACAUCUCACAAUACAAAGACUAUGUUCAGGAAUAUUGUGAGAAAUAUGAGAGUUAUUGCACUUUGAAUGAGAAUUUAGAGACUUACAGGAAUGAUUUCGAUAAACUUGGGCAGGACCUUGCUCUUGCUAAAGUUAAGGAUAGGAAGAGAUAUUAUGAUAUCCUCGAGCAGCUCAAGGAAAGCUACCGUCAAUGUGGAACAAGGCAUAAACGGCUCAAAAAAAUAUUCAUUUUACUUCAUGAAGAGCUUAAGCAUCUUAAGCAGAGAAUUAAUGACUUUGCAUUACCAUACACAAGAGACUAAGGGUUGUCGGAUCCAAGUAGCUUCUUUUGGGUUACCUACCUUAUGGGCAACAACAGUUAAACUCGUUGAUCUCGUUCUAUGCUGCAACCGGUGAAGAACUCAAAGUGGACAUUUUUGUGGGAUCUAGCUAGGGAUGAGAAGCGAGUGCAGAGAUAUUUUUGUUUAAUCAUGUAAAAUCUGCACUGGCGAUCCAUCAUUAUAAUUGUUCAUGAAGGUAAAGGAUGGCGACAGCUCAGAUGUGAAUGAGAUGUAUGCAAUCUUGUAUUUGAGCCAUUUUUGGGUUAAUAUAUGUUUAAUUGCUGGGGAUCUAGAUCUGUGAAGCUGAUCAGAGUCCCAGUUUCGGCAGUGGCCCGAGUUUUUCAUAUUCUUUUAAUUGAAAUUAUAUAAGUGAAGCACAACUACCUGUGUUGAUUUGUAUCUUAUAGCAACAGAACCUGGAUAUCUGCUUUUUGUAACCAGUAGAACAGUAGAUUAAAUUAUAGUGCAAGGAAAGUGUACAGCAGGAUUUCACUAA